CCCAAUCCCAGAAAAAGCAGCUGCAGCUUCCAAAUUCACCCAACGAAAUCCCCAAUCCAAACUUAUCUCUUCAAUCCUUAGCUAUGGCCACAACAACAGCACAACAGAAUCCCGAAAACCCUAUCAAAACCCUAGAUCAGCCACCGUCAGAUCCCAAUCCAACGGCUGAAACCGCAUCUCCUCCUAAUUCCGCACCGGAAUCGCCGACAUCUGCCGGUGACAAAGAGGAAAUCAAGGCGGCGACUGGAGAUGAUGACAGCUGUCAGGUUAAUGAUAGUAAUAUGCAGAAGAAAAUGAAGCGAGCUGAGCGGUUUGGAAUGCCUGUCAAGUUAUCUGAAGAAGAAAAGCGAAAUUCCAGAGCUGAGAGGUUUGGCACUGGGUCCCCAGUUCAAGGGUCAGAUGCUUCAAAGAAAGCUGAGGAGCAUAAGAAGCAGGCUAGGGCCGAGAGGUUUGGGCUUGUGAAAUCUGAUACAACUGAUGAGGAAGUUAAGAAGAAGGCUAGGUUGACAAGGUUUGCACCACCACCAGCAAAGACUGAUCCAGUGGAGGAAGAUAAAAGGAAAGCUAGGGCUCUCAGGUUUUCACAACCCCAGCCUGGUUCACAACCACAAACAAAUGGCAAAGGAAAUGUUGAGCAGGAAGCUGUUGCUGUGGACAAGGCUGGAGGAGAACCUGAAUAAUUCCAAACUUUUGUUAAAGAGUUGGUGGGCUAGGAUUAUAAUGUUUUUGAUUUCCCCGUAGUUUAUAUAAGUUUUGGUCUUUGAAUUACAGCAAAAAAGGCUUUUCUAGUCUCCUAAAGUAGCAUACUAUGUUUUUCUGGAGAGCACUAGGAAAUUGACAACCACCUCCAUGGCGUCAAACUACAGGAAAUGGCCCAUGAUCAAUAUUAAAAAUGAUGAAACUACAACCAAAUUAUCCUUCUUGAAGGGUUUGAUUUGACGACUUUAUCAUCAAUCUCUUAGUUAUUAAUCUGCAAUACUGUCUCGCGUUUAUAUUGUAAUGCAUUACUUUAAUCUAGGAAAACAUAGUUUCAUGUUGCAUGUCAAGGAUCAACCAGUGUUAGAAAUUUAGUUCCACCUUAUCCAAGUGGUUCAGAAUAGAUUGGAGAUUGCUUGAUGUUAACUUAUGUUCCUUAAGGUUAGAGGCUGUCUUUGAACAUGCGUAAUUUACUAGAGGUCCACUUCUUGGGUAUUUUGCUGUUUCAUUCAACCUUGUAGGCCCUUAAAAAAAAAAAAAAAAAAAAAAACUGUAGUGGGAAGUGUAGUAGAUCUUGUGUUUUCUAGCAGAUAAACAUUAAUCUUGCAUUUAAAGAGCCAAGAUAAGUUGUACUUCUCUGUGAUGCAUCAUAUGAUUUUGGUUUGGCUACGUCAUUACUAAUCUUUUUGUUGGGUUCUCCAUAGGCAGUUAGAAAGGUAAGACUAGUUAUAUUUGUUGCAUUAUAUAAUUGCUACUUGCUAGUGCAUCUCAUGGUUGUGAAACUUUGUUUGAACACUGCUGGACUUUCUGCAAGUUACAUUGCUGUGUCAUAUGAUGGUCAAGUCGUCAAAUCCACAUUCCUUCAAACUGGUUUUUUUGGAUUAGUUGUUUUGCUUACAAAAGGUUUUAAUGGUGUAAGAGCUUACCAAGUUUUCGCUUUAAAUUUGAUAUGGGUCAUUUCGGACACUAAGGAGGUGUUGUUCAACUACCUAGUAUCUCCAGGUAAAUCAUUUCGGCUGCAGUCGUUGGCCGUGUAAAAGUAGGUUUAAAAUGUCCUAUGAAACAUCUAGUUAUGUGUUCUUGUUAUUGUCAAUUGUAAGCGACAAUGUUAAUCUAGUUGUGUUUAGUCUUUAAGCUUCUCCUAUACUCCUUCGGCAAUAAUUUUAUGCAUUUCAUUCUGUCGUUA